AAUAUCGAAUGGGAGAUUAGAUUAGGACAUAACAGGUCAUAAUCAGAAAGGUGCUUGUCCGAAAAUCAGCUCCAAGACACACAGCAAAGCAAAACCCGCGUCUCCAUAUCUCUAGAUUUCUCCACCAAUCAAAAUCACUGAUACAUCUCAAAAUGGAUUGGCUUUAGAUCACUUAUCGUCAAUGCUGGAUCUGUUGAGGCCUCUUCAUGUUUCAACUGCUGAAGUAUCAAGGAUGACGUCCCCUCUCGUUCCACUUGGGACCUUGAUUGGUCGUGAGCUUAGGAACGAGAAGGUUGAGAAACCUUUUGUGAAGUAUGGACAAGCUGCUUUGGCUAAGAAGGGAGAGGAUUACUUUCUGAUAAAACCUGACUGCCAGAGAAUUCCUGGGGAUUCAUCAACAACAUUUUCUGUCUUUGCGAUUUUUGAUGGACAUAAUGGUAUAUCAGCUGCCAUAUUUACUAAGGAGAAGUUAUUAGAUAACGUUUUGAGUGCAAUUCCCCAGGAAGUCAGUCGGGAAGAGUGGCUUCAAGCCCUUCCUCGAGCAUUAGUAGCUGGUUUUGUGAAAACUGACAUAGAAUUUCAGCAGAGAAGGGAAACUUCUGGGACAACUGUGACAUUCGUUGUGAUAGAUGGGUGGACUGUGACUGUUGCUUCUGUAGGGGAUUCAAGGUGCAUCUUGGACAUCCAGGGGGGUGUAGUUUCACUCUUGACAGUUGAUCACAGGUUAGAAGAGAAUGCAGAAGAGAGGGAGCGUGUAACUGCAAGUGGGGGUGAAGUAGGAAGGCUCAAUGUUUUUGGAGGAAACGAGGUUGGUCCCUUGCGCUGCUGGCCAGGUGGAUUAUGUCUUUCUAGGUCAAUUGGAGAUACAGAUGUUGGAGAAUUUAUUGUUCCGAUACCGCAUGUCAAGCAAGUGAAGCUAUCAAGUGCUGGAGGAAGGCUCAUUAUUGCUUCGGAUGGUAUCUGGGAUGCAUUAUCUUCUGAUAUGGCUGCAAAGUGUUGUCGGGGUUUACCUGCUGAGCUUGCUGCCAAGUUGGUGGUUAAGGAGGCAUUAAGGUCAAGAGGGCUGAAGGAUGAUACAACAUGCCUUGUUGUUGAUAUUAUCCCAUCUGACGUUCCUGUCUUACCUUCUAUACCAAGGAAGAAACAAAACGUGCUUAGUUCACUUCUAUUUGGAAAGAAAUCUCUAAAUUCUGUGAGCAAAGCAACAAAUAAACUUUCUGCUGUUGGUGUGGUAGAAGAGUUGUUUGAAGAGGGUUCUGCUAUGCUUGCAGAAAGGUUGGGUAAAGAUUUUCCUUCAAACACAAACUCUGGGCUAUACAGAUGUGCUGUAUGCCAAGUCGAUCAAAACCCCACUGACGGUUUAUCAGUAAACUCAGGGUCUUUUUUUUCACCUGGAUCAAAGCCUUGGGAAGGCCCUUUCCUUUGCCCUAACUGUCAAAAAAAGAAAGAUGCCAUGGAAGGGAAAAUUCCAAGCAGACCUACAGUGAUUGCAUAGUAAAUCAUCUGGUAACAGAGUAAAUAUUUAUAUAUUUUUUUGGCUGGAAGUGGGAGCAUGCAUGCUGGUUUUUUGCUUUCUGUUACUGAUUGUAAUAGAUGUAUAAGAAAUGAGGUAGAGAUAUAGUUCCUAGGUGUUUUGUUUUACAACCGGUUGUGUCAAUUCUGGUUUUUCCCAGCUUUUGUUAAACUGACAGAGAACAGAGAUGUGACCUGAUAGAUAUGUUUGUGAUAGUUUGAUUGCUAACAGCUUGAAGUUGUAAGUAAAAAAUGAAGCUUGCAUAGUGAUGUGCUCAUCGCAGCAGCUUCUUAAUUGUGACCAA